AACGGUUAAGCAAUUGAGUCGAAUUAUUAUGUAUGGGCUGACAUUUUUUUUUUAAAUAGUUAGGAGAUAGAAGAAAUCACCAAGCCUCAGACCCGAUUGUAAAAAAGGAAGAGGAUUUAAAAGAAAAGAAGUUGGAUAACUCUAACAGUAAAAGGAAUGAGUGAAACCUGAUCUAUGAAAUCCUCGUCUUUUCGCAGUCGUCGACAGAAGUUAUCUUUACUAUCGUCGUUGAAUCCUUGAAUUCGUUGUUAGUCGCCAUUUUUGUGGUCGAGGAAACUUGAGGCAUCCCUCCUUGUUUUUUUGGUCGAAAUUUAGGUUAUAGAGGAUUUUUUUUCUUCUUUUCAUUUCAAGAUAAAUGAGUCAUAAGAAAAUUUAUGGAAAUACCUUUACUUUGUAUAUAUGAUACUACAAACUAGAAUCUAUGGAACUUGCAUAUCGCGAUUCGGCCUCUCUGGCGGAGUGGCGGUGGCCGUAAACGAGCUAAAUCCCAACUCGAGCCCUUCUUUUCUUCGACCCGAACAAAUGUCGGACAAUCCGCUGCAGCAUCUCUCCCAGGCCUUCCAACGCUUCACGCGUUGCGUUCAAACUCAAGUUUCCAAUCUGAUGCCCCAACCUCAAAGCCACCCGCCUUUCUUUUCCGCUUCUUCUUCUUCGUCAGCAUCUUCAACAAAAGUGCUUCCAUCAAAUGUAGAUGUCGCCUUCGUCCAGCCCAUGGAUACGUUCAACAAGAACAAAGCUCCCGUGACUAAAGAAGACCUUGGAAGAGCUACCUGGACUUUUCUUCAUACACUUGCUGCUCAGUAUCCUGAAAAACCAACUCGACAACAAAAGAAGGAUGUGAAAGAGCUGAUGGCAAUAUUAUCUCGGAUGUACCCCUGCAAGGAAUGUGCAGAUCACUUCAAGGAAGUUCUGAGAUCAAAUCCUGUACUGGCUGGCUCUCAAGGUGACUUCUCCCGGUGGAUGUGUCAUGUACAUAAUGUUGUCAACAGAAGCCUUGGUAAGCCAGUUUUCGUUUGUGAGCGUGUUGAUGCAAGGUGGGGCAAGCUUGACUGCGAGCAAAGGACGUGUGAUCUUCACGGGACAACAACACAUUUUGGAAGAGACUAAUAGUGCACGAUUCGUGCUAUCAUGUAUUCAUCAAUCCAUAUUGCCUUGCAUAACUUGAAACAUAUAGGUAUAGCUUCGUAGUUGGUGAUGGGUCGCUAGACUAGUCGGGAUGCCAUCAUCAAAUUGAUACAUAUGUAAGUAUUGCAGUACAUCAGCUACAGCUAGCUUAAGCUACAUGGGUCGUCAACUAGCCGAUGAUUUCUUCGGCAGUCAUAAUACUGCAGAAUGAUGAGGGA